GUUGCCUGAACUUAAGAGUCAGUCGACCGGACCCGCUUGUCACAGUCGCGGGAGGCCUACAGAGCCAGGGGUCACGUCGACCCGCUCGGUAGAUUCCCCACCCCGUUUAAGCAUGCCCUGCCCUUACCGUGCCGCUGAUUGGUCCGUGCUACGCGUUUCUCUGCCUGAUUGGACACGCGCGAGCGGAUACGCCCCCCUCGCGUCAUUUUGGACCAAUCCACGACGUCGGCACGUACGCGGUUGCUUAUCCGUUGUAGGUAAAAUAAAGCGAUAAUUGUAUAAUACCAAUUUGGCGUUUGGUUAUGCGUCGUUUAUUGUAGGCUGCUUUUGGAUAGCUUUGACCGCGACAUCUUAAACGUUUCACCUGAUUUCUACGCUCCGACGCGUGUCUUCCCCCUCCUUCAUCCCGCACCGACCAGCGGUCAAAUAAUAACACCGACGCUGCGUUUCGGGAGGCCUCAUCCAGCAGCGGCUUGACAAAAGGGCUGCUGUGUAGUGCGCGGUUGACCAUAGGGCGCCGUUAUCAAAUACAACUACGUAGUCGGGAUGAGGGGAACCUUGAAUAAGGUCGAGGUUUCGGUCUCUGGGUGACCGAGCGUUGUCCCGUGUAGCCCCCAGGCUAUGGAACGCACUUCCACGAAGACAUAGACGUCUUGCUGAGCCUUGCCGAGAACUCACCCGCCUCACGCCAUGGCCAAGGUGCUGGGUGGCCGUGUGCGCCUGGUGACGUACGUGGCGGGUGUGCGCGCGCUGGCAUGUCGCGUGGCGGCUGGCAGGACCUUCUCCACAUCCGGGGUAGCGGGAGGUGGAGAGAGCGACGUGACAGUUGCCUCCCCACAAGACGGAGACGUCCAGACGGUUUGGCCGGACGAGCAGAUGGGGCCUUUCGGGCCUCGCGACAGCCGCUUCCAGCUGCCUGGCAACAUGGGCUUCAGCAGCCAAGUGCACGGCGCCGUGGGCCCGGCGUCCGCGAGAAACCUAGCAGCCGGCGCCCAACCGCCAGCACGCCGUCAGCAGCUCCCCGACGUGCUCGUCGAGCCCUCGGCUCAGGACCGCCACACGUUCGUGCUGGCGCAGUUCGUCAACGAGUUCCAGGGCAUGGAGAGUUCGCCCGUGCCUCCGAUCCCACAGAGUGCCGAAACGUACUUCGACUCGGGUCCCGUGGAGUGCGUGGUGCAGGGCUGUCCUGAGCUACUGCAGAGAGAUUUCGCUACCAUGUUCCCAGAAGCACCGAACUCAGACCUCACAGUCAUCACAGUUACACAGAAAACGCAGAACAACAUGACGGCGUGGAGCCCCGAUGUGGAAGAGGAGAGAGAUCGGUUGAUGCAAAAUUUUGUGGAAGGCGCUAAGGAGAUCUGCUUUGCCCUGCGUGCGGAGGGAUACUGGGCAGACUUUGUCGACCCUUCGUCCGGAAUGCCUUUCUUUGGGCCGUACACGAACAGUCCCCUUUUUGAGACGGACGGACGCUACCGGCAGCUGGGCUUCCAGGUGGAGGACCUGGGCUGCUGCAAGGUGAUCCGUCACCGCACGUGGGGCUCCCACGUUCUGGUCGGCAGCCUCCUGACGGACGCUCCCACGAGCAGCUCGCUGCUGGGCGGCCUCACGCACAGCGGCGGCGCCGGGGCCGGCGCCAUCGAGCCUCGGCCCACCUCGGGCACGGAAGGGGACGCCGAGGGGCCGGCUGGGGAGGAGAGCGGGCGCUGUCGAGUGGCGGCGAGCGCCGAGGUGAAGGACGCUUAGGGGAGGGGGGGGGGGGGGUGGGGCGUUUUUUUGCGCACCGUCGUGGGGAAAGCCCACAGUUGCCUUUUGGGCGUUGCAGCACAGAGUACGUGGGCAGAGCGCGUCUGAUUUUGCGCGCAUCGAUGGAAAUGGAUGCUUUUUGCGGCUCGCUUGUGCGUGCUUUGAAUCGUUGGUGUAACAACGUGUUAUUUGAGGAGGCGAGGGGGGUGGCGUGUCCUGAAAAAAAACAUAACCCACGAGAGUUAAUUGUCUCCAAAGUUGGCUUUUGUUGAGAACUGGCGCAUUACGUGAAUGAAAAAAAUCUGUUGUGCAGCCAUCUUUGGGGAGAUGAUGCAGACAAAACGUUCAAAAUUGGAUUGUAAAUCAAGCUGGCAUAUGUUAUCUAAAAUAUAUGUGUGGGUUUUUAAGCUAUUUUCAGGAUACUCCUGCAUGAUUUAUGAAAAUUCUAUUUGAAUGUUACCAUUAGACUGAUGAAACCAACAACACAACGAACCAGAUUGAACAAAUAAGACUGACAAUACGAGCAACGUUACACACUAAACCAGAAAAUAAAUAGAAUAGAUUAUUAAAUAGGAUAGUGACCACAUUGACAAAGUCACCAAAUUGUAGGGAGAUAGGUCAUGAAGUCAUAAACACCUUAAAACCUCCAAUAGGUAUAAAUAUAUAACGUGGAAGUGCAUACAUUGUACAUUUUGCAGUGGUAAAUCAACAUGGUAAUUGCACACCAAUAUCAAACUUGUUCAUAAUCUUCAGUGUGAUGUAGCCCUUGCUAUCUUAAUAUGGCAGCUGUGUGGCGGCUUCAACUUUGUUUUUCAUUAUCAGGGUAACAAUGUCAUGCUACUCUAGAGCACAUCUGUCUUAAACUGGGUUUCACAUAUAACCUCAUGGCAGGGCAUGCAAAGAAAGAGUCAACAGACCCCUGCCAUGGUAAUUUGGCCACUCACAUCAAUGACAGAAUGUACUUCUGGUGCACACGUAGCUAACUGAUUCGCACGGUUGGCUACGUACGGUUCGAAAUAAGUUCGACGUACAUGAAAUGACAAAGACAAGAAGUUGAAUGUUAAUCUUUAUUUUAGUGUUUGGUGUGGCCACCUGCGACGAUACAAAGAGGCUUCACUGUGUGUGUCAUUGAAUUGACGAAAUAACAUAGUAUGUCUCAGUCCUUCCAGCAGCCAUGAAUAAAAUUCGAAUUAAA